AUGUGCAGUCGAGGCAAAAGUCACUCUAAGCUCUUCCUCCUGCUCGAGCAGCAGUCACUCAGUCUUGGCCUCUCUGCCUUCUCCCCGCGUCUCUUCAUGCGCCUGGUGUUCGCCAUGGCCGAGGGCAAGCAAGGGUCGCCCACGUUCUGGGCCUCUGCCUGGGCCCUCGGUGUGCGGGGGAUCCUCGAGGCCGAGCCCUUGUGGAGGAUGGAGGCGAAGCUGAAGGAGGCGGAGACUGUGAAGAGACUGAGCACACAGGCUUGGGCGAAGCUGCUGUGGCUGGUGGCCUCCUCCCGCAAAGUUUCUCCUGCUCUCGUCGUGUCCUCUCUGCUGCCUGCGACGCUGGGAGGAGCGAAGUUCAGCUCGAAGCUCUCAGCGGAGGUGCUGGAGAGGAAGCAGAGGAGCGAGAAGAUGCAGGAGUGUGCGAAGAUCCUGCGAGCAGAGGUUCUGUCGCGUCCUCCGGCCUCUUGCGGCUGGUCUGAGCAGCAGCUGUUUUCCCUCACCAGGAGCAUGGCAAACCUCAAAGUCCUCGACUUGGACAGCCUGCAGCACUUGUACUCCUGCCUGCUGUCCGCCCAGCACAGGGAGGAGAAGAUGAAUCUGAAGCAGAUGCAAGACCUCAUGCAGGAGGUCGCCAAACUUUCUCUUCCUCUCUGCCCCGGGGGUCCCGUGCAAGCCUUGUCUCAAAUUCUUGUCUCGCUGCGUUGCUCCUUGCUGGUGCUGGUGGUGCUGGUGCUGGUGGUGCUGGUGGUGCUGGUGCUGGUGGUGCUGGUGCUGGUGGUGCUGGUGGUGCUGGUGCUGGUGCUGGUGCUGGUGCUGGUGCUGGUGCUGGUGCUGGUGCUGGUGCUGGUGGUGCUGGUGCUGGUGCUGGUGCUGGUGCUGGUGCUGGUGGUGCUGGUGCUGGUGGUGCUGGUGCUGGUGCUGGUGCUGGUGCUGGUGCUGGUGCUGGUGCUGGUGCUGGUGCUGGUGGAGCUUCUUGUAGUCUAUCUCUCACUAUCCUCUAAGGUUUUGGCUCGCCCCUCGAACGAGUUCGGGUUUCGCUACCUCACCCCCAUGUUGUGGUCCUGCGCCAAGUGCCAAGUGCUGUCUCGGGAGCUGGUGGAAGCAGUCAAUGACAGGUUCAGGAGGAAAGAAGUCCCCAUGCCCAAGCCGUCAGUCAUGGCCACCAUUGCCUGGUCCCUCUCAAGAUCUGAAUUCCUGUUGUUUGCUUCCGAGGCCUUCAACUUCAUAGCUCAGUCUAUCACCAGCGCACAGCUCCUUCACUGCACCUCACAGGACGUCGCCAACCUCGUCUGGGCGCUCGCCCGCAGCUCGCUCGUCCCUCCCACUCAUCGCUUCUGGCGAGAUGUGGAGCAACAUCUUCAGGGAGACUUGUCGAGGUUCAACGUGCAGGAGCUCGCAAACCUCGCCAUGGCAGGCGCCAUCCUCGUCUGCGGGGGAGCAACACCGCUAGCAUGGGGAGGAGUGCUCCGCUGCUCACUUGCGCGCGUCGAGCAACUCGGAGAAAGAGAGGCUGCGCAGGUUGCGAUGCUCCACCUGGCAAGCUUACCCGAUGGAGGCUCGGAGCUCUCCCUCCCUCCCUCUCUUGCUUCUCGCAUGCCGGGGAUCCAGGGGAGGACGAGAUCGUCUGCCUUACACUACGAGGUGGAGGAGAAGCUGCGUCUUGUUCCUCUGGCCUUCAGAUGUGAAGUACCGGUGCUCUCCGGGCUCUACGUGGUGGAUCUUGUUGUCGAUAUGGACGGGACGAGGAUCGCGCUUGAGGUGAGGGAGGAGGAGAGGAGUGAGACCUGUUGUGAUAGAGAGAGAAUGAUGGCUGCAUCUGUCGUUGUGAAUGAUGAGGAUGGUGUUGGUGGUGAUGAAGAUGUGUAUGUUGUUGUUGUUGAUGGUGGUGAUGAAGAUGUGUAUGUUGUUGUUGAUGAUGGUGAUGGUGGUGAUGAAGAUGUGUAUGUUGUUGUUGUUGAUGGUGAUGGUGGUGAACAAGAUGAUGUGGAUAAUGAGGAGGAGCUCAGAGGCGAGCAGGUCGACGGGCCCUCGCACUUUCUCCUUUGUCCGCCGGAAGCAGCGACCUCAGACGCCCUGCUGUUGCAUGGCGACCUGUGGGUCCCGACAGCAGCAACUCGUCUUAAGAGGUACCUGCUGAAGAAGGAGGUAACCGGCCCGAGUGACCUCCAAGAGCUGACGGGCUGCAAGGGAUUCGUGCUCGUUUCCGUCCCGUCCAUGGAGUGGGAGACAGAUCUCGUACGAAGCAACGCGACAUGCUGGCUCAAGGAAAAGCUCGAAGCUGCCGUCAGAGCCUCGAGGCAGGGGCAGGUCCAGAGGCAGCAGAAAGAGUUGGGGCAGCAGGUUGGGGGAAAGAAGCGAAAACAAGUUUGA